AUGGGAAAAGAUCUUGAAAUUGAAAAACUGAAAGGCAUUGAUAAUUAUCACGACUUAAUUUAUCGAAGUUUUGAAAAGUGUAUUGAUCCCGAUGAAUCAAACAGAGAGACAGACGCAUCAAAGUUAAAGAGCUGUCGGGCCAUAAUGGCUUUGGGCGUUGACACAAGUCUCUACAAGCACAUUCGAAAUUGUACAACGCCCUUAGAAAUUUAUUCAACGUUCAAAAGACUAUUUGACGACAAUGGUUUAACACGCGAAACCACGUUAUUACGAAGUUUGAUAUCGACCAAAUUAAAUGAGUGCGAAAACAUGCAAGACUACAUUGACCGUAUCAUAAACUGUGUAAACAGAUUGAAUGGAAUUGGAUUCGAAGUAUGUGAACGAUGGAAAAAAGCAAUCAUUCUGACCGGUUUAAGUGAAAAGUAUCAACCAUUUAUUAUGACAGUGGAAGCGUCGACUACUCAGUUGAAUUCAGAUCAAAUCAUUGCAAAACUAUUGGACCAAGAAUCACCAUCAAACAGUGGCGAAACAGAAACCGUGAAAGGAGCAUUUGUUGCAUUGUAUAGCAAUGGCAAUAGGCAAGGUUGGUAUGUCCACUCUGGUGGUUCGAGCAAUAUGACACCCACUCGCGAACUGCUGAGCGAUGUGAAAAAGUGCCAAUCGGGCGAUAUAACGACAGCGAAUAACUCGAAAAUGGCAGUGGAAGGUAUCGGUAAUCGAAAUAUGAAACUUGACGGUAUGGAAAUUGCCGUUAGUGAUAUAUUGCACGUUCCGAAGUUGUCGGUAAACAUUUUAUCCGUAAGCAAAAUGGUUAAAAUGGGAAACACUGUAUUGUUUGAUAAAAACGGCUGCACAAUAAAAAAUGCUAACGGAGCCGAAAUCGCUCAAUGUAAAGAAAAAGACGGUGUCUACCCACUAUACGAAGAUUCCAUGAAAUGUAUGAGUGUGUUAAAAAACAAUGACGCGUUCUUAUGGCACCGUAAACUUGGACAUUUGAAUAUCAAUGCGAUGAAAAAAAUGCGUAAUGAAAAAAUCGGAUUGAGUUUUCAAGGCGAUGAAACGCGCAUAAAAAAUCGUGAAAUAUGUGCACGUGGAAAGAUGACACGUGUUCACCAGUGA